AUGGAAAUAACAUUAGAAGAUGAAAAACUUGCUUGUAAAAAAGUAAAAGAAUUUAACCAAAAAUUGGCCGAUGAUCCGCACAAUGUUAAUCUGUGGAUUGAUUUUGUAAAUUAUCAAGAUGAAUUUUAUCAUUAUCAGCAUUUUACAUACAAAACAAAAGUUGAAAGAGACAGAGCAGCUGCACAACAUAAAUUAAAUAUAUUAGACAAAGCUGUGAAGCAUAAUCCGGGUAAUAGCGAAUUACAGACUUUGUGGUUAAAAAUAGGCACUAAUGUUUUACCUUCAGAAGAAAUGUCUCAAAGAAUUGAUUCUAUAUUGUCUGAUUCAGGAGGUACCAUGAUUUUAUGGUUGGGAUUAAUGACAACUACUCAGUACUCGUUAGCUCGAUGUACUGUACCAUCAGUUUCUCAACUGUAUGAAAAAUUAUUAUUAAAUUUUCAAAAUGAAAAAAAAUUUGAUAUUUAUUCAAGAGAUAAAAAUGUUCUAGAAUUAUUAUUUCAUUAUGGCAGGUUUUUGGAUAAUUGCGGUCAGUGGGAAACAUUAUGGACAAUAAUAAAAGUAGUUUUGCAAUUCAACACGGAUGUUCAACUAAACAUAGAUAUACCAGUUGAUGAAAAAGUAAAAGCUCUCGAAGAUGAUGUUGUCAGUAAGGAAAAACAAGCUGUUUGGAAACUUUGGAGUCAGUUGGAAAGAAUAAGAGAAGGCUUACAUUUCUUGCCGGAUGCUGAUUCAAUCGAUUAUCCUCAACGUUGUGUAUUACCGGAAAACAUUGUAAAUUUUACCUGGCAUUUUCAUCCGGAUCUUCAUUUUCAACUAAUUGUUACAUUUAUUAUUUUACUAAAGGUUCCUUUACUACCAUCUUCGAAUACCAUUUUAAAAACAUUGGUGCCAAAUCGUUUAUCAUGGGUAUUUGAUUCACCCGAAUAUUUUUUAUCGUCGGUAUUAACGUCGCCUGCCUUAAGUCUUCAGUUUGAUUAUUUACAAUCGUUGACACAACUCAGUAGAGGGCCUCAAUAUUUGAGAAAUCUCUUUGGACAAAAUGAAUUUUUAGAUUUAAUAACAUUCACAUUUAAACAAUGUUUUCAAAUUUUACAUGGGAAACAAAAAAUAUUUAUAGGAAUUUGGUGGUUAAGAUUCGAAAGGUGGUUACACACACUGAGUAGUCUUAAUUUAUCCACAUUGCCAGACAACAGGAAGUCAGCCAAAGAUUUUUUUAAGGAAUUUUUAGAAAAUCCAGAAAAUAGGGAAAAUUUAUAUUAUUACAACGAAUAUUGUUUGUUGCAAUAUAAAAAAAACAAUCCUUCGAAUUGUAUAAAAAUUUUAAAAACGUUAAUAUCAUCAAAACCGCCCGUUUUGAAAUUGGAAAAUCACGAAAGAAAUUCUCUCAUGACGGUGUACAGAACGUAUUGUGAAGUUUUGAUCGGUGAAGAUCAAAGGAACGACGCAAUAAAUUUAUUAAUAAAUUUAGGAAAUGGCGUCAGUUUCGAUAGCGAAGUCAACAUACAUUCUCUCGUGCAAGCAGAAAAAACAUUUAAACAAACGAGUAUCGAGUUAAUUGGAGAGUUAAAUUGUACCGAAGAAUUUCCGCUGGAGGAUUUAUUGUUACCCAAUUUUAUUGUCGAUUGGAUUUCUUGUUACAUGUGGUUAAUCUCUCUGACGAAAACAUCAUCAUGUUUGAAAAAUUGUUAUAACGAACUUUUCAAUUUGCUCGAUGGUAAAACCGCCGGUACGUUGACAGAACAAAUAAAGGAAAGUUUGUGGGAGUCGGUUUUGUCAAUCAUUUGGAAAUAUGAAAAAACGAAUUUUUUGUACGUUAAAACAACACUUCAAACGGUUUAUUUAUCGUAUCCGGAAAAUUUAAAAAUUCUUAACUUUUUGGCAAAUAAUUGCAUCGAUAUUAACACGUUAUGGCUGUCGAUAAAUAAAAUUUUUCUCUCACGUCCAUCGACGACGAGCUCCGUUUUUCUAACGUGCGUGGCUUUGGAUAAAUUCAACAAAGACAAAGACGUUUACCAAAACAGAAUGAAAAAUUUAUUUAAUAAUUUGGCAUCGGGUGAAGGGAAAUUAUCUGCAAUCGUUCACUGUUUGAGAUUAAGAUAUUUGUUUGAAUAUGCGAAUGAAAAACUUGAAGUUGCUCAACUUCAAGCCAUAGAUUCAUGUCCGUGGCAUAAGGGUGUCUACAUGGAAAGUAUAUUAUUAUUACCAGCUAAACUAAUGCAAUUGACUGAUAUUUUAGUCGAAAAAGAAUUGAAGAUUCACAUUACACCAGAUGAAAUUCAGGAAAUGAGAGAUUAA